ACAUGUUGACUCUAACGCGUCUACUGGACUUCUGCUAGCUGUUGGAGAAUUAUUUCAAAUAAACCUUAUAGUAAUAAUACACCAAGGAUGUCGGAUCCAACCGCACCCAGGGUGCACGAUUCAAACACCUUGUUUCUAAUGGAACUUCAACAAAAAUGCUUAUCGAACGCUACAGUGAAAACAACAACGAAUUCAUGUCCUCGGUAUUUCGACGGAUGGGCGUGCUGGAAUGAAACAUUACCUAAUACCACCGCGUUCGCCCAGUGUCCAUAUUAUGUGAUUGGAUUCGAUCCGUCUAGAAAAGCUUUCAAGAACUGUCUGCCGAACGGUACGUGGUACCGUCAUCCGGAGACCGGAAAACAGUGGGCCAACUACACCGGUUGCGUGGACAUUGACGACUUCGAGUUUCGGCAACUGAUAAACACGCUGUACAUCUUCGGCUACUCCGUCUCGCUGGCCGCUCUGCUCACGUCGUUGCUGAUUUUCUUCACGUUCAAGACUUUGAGGUGCACCAGGAUCGCUAUACACGUACACUUGUUCAUAUCGUUGGCUCUGAACAAUCUCACAUGGAUCAUUUGGUACAAAACGGUCGUACAAGACCUGUCGGUUGUCAAAGAAAAUGGGAUGUAUUGCCGGUCCUUGCACGUGGCUCUGCAGUUCUUCAUGGUGGCCAACUACAUGUGGAUGUUCUGCGAGGGACUGCACUUGCACAUGGCUCUGGUCGUGGUGUUCGUCAACGACGUGAACGCGAUGCGCUGGUUCUACGCCAUCGGCUGGGGCGUACCUGCAGGACUCACCGUCCUGUACGUCUCGUGGAGGAGCAAUUCCGAGGACACCGCACAGUGUUGGAUGCACGAGAGCCACUGCCAGUGGGUGCUGACCGUGCCGGUUUUCGCGUCCAUACUGACCAGCUUACUGUUCCUGAUGAACGUCAUGCGAGUGUUGCUCACUAAACUGCACCGGAACUCGACCAACCCGGCGCCGAUUGGCGUCCGGAAGGCGGUCAGAGCCGCGCUGAUCUUGGUGCCGCUGUUCGGCAUACACUACAUCCUCAUACCGUACCGGCCCAAGCACAAGACCACCGUGGAGACGGUUUAUCAGAUAUUUUCCGUAGUACUGGUGUCAACCCAGGGCCUCUGCGUGUCGGUGCUGUUCUGUUUCGCCAACGUGGAUGUUCACGGAGCAUUUCACAAGUACAUUCGCAGGAUCAAGAGACGCGGCACCACGCAUACCAACGUCACGGGCACUACUCAACCGGUCCAGUCGCAGAUAAGAGACGCCGUCGUCUGAACAGCGACGAGAAAAUAUUAUAUCAUGAUAUAUUACACGUAUUAUAUUGUACAGGAAAAAAAUAAUAAUAAUGUCGUAACGCGUGUUUUGUGUGUCCUAGAGUUGAACGUUUUGAAAACAUUCGGCAGAAUCUUUUCGCGGCAAAACUUGUAUGCUUCCGGUCCUCUGAAAAGAAAAACCAAAACCCUUUGAAUAAAUGAUAGUCAAUAUAUAGAGAGCCAUUGGCCAACAUAUUAUUAUUAUUAUUAUUAUUAUUAUUAUUAUUAUAC